AUGGGCACGAUGACACUUUUUAGCAAUUUACUCUGCCGUCAAGACUCUGCUGGUGUUCCGGCGUUGACUUCCCUAGUGUCAACAGCUGUCAACGCGUUGAGAGCGAUGACAUCCUCUGGAAGUUUCCAGAAAACAAUGAGAAAACAGGGAAACGAUAAACUGCAAUCAUCUUCUGUCGUCCUUUUCGAGAAAAGCUCUUUAGAUUCAAAUGUUGAAGCUACUACAUACCGCAAGAUCCACACAUACUCCAGCUUUACGUGGAGCGUUUUGAAACGAUCAGUGAAGGGUUCAAUACAGGCUCGCGGGCAUUGCAAACGGAAUAUAUCCACAUCUACAUCAAAUUCAACCGCGGAUAUUCUGAGAAUAUUCUCAACAACAGUCCAUUGA